AUGUGGCAUGUGAUCAGUAACAAUCGGGUUACGAUGGAAUUCGCAAGUUGCUCCGGAAGUAACACAUCUACAUUCCUCUCAUUUAUUGGGAUCUUCGCACUGACGCUGUGGAGCUAUGAUACCUUCAAAUCGUUGUUUGGAAUUGUCUGGGGUUUCUGCAAGCAAUUUUUCAACGAGGAAAACUUCGCUGUUCGGUAUGGACAGUGGGCUGUGAUAAGUGGGGGUUCCGAUGGGAUUGGCCGUCAGUACGCCCGGUUUUUUGCACGGAAAGGGCUCAACAUAGUUAUAAUUGCUCUACCGGACGAAAAACUGGAACGGACAGCUGAGGAAAUCGAAUUAACCUUUCGUGUGCAAGUAAGACGUAUUCCGGCUGACUUUUUCAGAGGAUUUGAACUAAACGACUAUUUAAAACAAGAACUUCACGAUCUGGAUGUGGGAAUACUUGUGAACAACGUAGGAAUGGUCCAUACGGACCCGGCCUACUUUGACACAAACACGCUGAAGAUGCACCAGCAAAUAAUUAACGUAAAUAUCAACGCUGCUGUCAUGUUGAGCCACAUCAUAUUGCCCCGGAUGAAGCAAAAUCAUCGUGGUUUGGUAAUCAACAUCGCUUCGAUGGCCGGACAGGUUCCGAUGCCUUUUUUCCUGAUGUAUUCUGCGACAAAAGCAUUCGUGACAAACUUCAGUGUUGCUUUACAGCAAGAGCUGUCUGUUUUCGGUGUUGAAUGCCAAACCGUCACACCGUGCUUUGUGGCCACUAAUUUGACGGAACGUUUGUCGCUGUAUGCGAUUGUUCGAUUAAUAAGCGCCGAUGUGGAGACGUUUGGAAAAUUUGCUACUAUGACCGUUGGGAAAACGGUUCGCACCACCGGUUACUGGGUGCAUGGCUUGACGGUGACGGCUUUGAAGUUCUUUCCUACUGAAUUGGUGACAAAACCAUUACUUGUGUUAGGAAAAACGAUCGUGGAGAGGAAGAUGAAAAUCUCUACACAUUAAAAAUAUUUGAUUCGUGAGGAUGAAAAUCUGUAUCGGACAAAUUCUUCAAAUACAGGUUCUUUUCUGGCAGUGUAUUUUUUCACUUCAAAAUAAUUAAAAUCACUAACUUUAAAGCAAUGCUUAAUAUGCUUUCAGAACUGUGCACAACCGACUUGUUUAAGUGUUUAAAUCGAAUUCGACGUAUUUGCGAAAUUGCAACACGAAAAGUGUUUAGGGGAGAGUCGGCAUCUUUGGGCUGUUUUGCACUUCACAUUCACUUGUAAAUGUAAAUAAAAUAUUUCUAAACAAUCUAUAUUUCUAUAUAGAUCUAAACAAUUUCUAUAUUUCUAAAGCUUUGUGAUUGCUAAUUGUUACAAUUGAUUAGACUUUGAAUAAUACUGUUCCGUGUAAAGAAAAAAUGAAUUACAUUCUGGCAAUUUAAUGAUAAAAAAUCUUGAAACCAAAACUUUACAUUGUCGUCGCAAAAAUGUGGUUAUUUUUUUUCCCUUUCAAAGUAAUGAAAUAUUUUUGAUGAAAUUUGGAUGGAGUACGAAGAAAAAACUCACCUUACUAGCAGUAAAAAUUCAACUAAAUUCCUUCAAUACUUUUCGAUAACACACGAGUGGCCCAAGGCUGUCGACUACUGUGUAACUAGUUGGUUUCUUUAAUUAGGCAAAGUAGGCUGUAGAAAAAAAAGUACGGGUGUGUAAUGUCAGAGACAUAACUGGAUGUCGUGAAUACGAAUAUGACACGCUUUAUUUAUGCUUCUGAAUUCGAACUGGUAGUUGAUCGAUUGUUUGAAUUGUGCAACUUUCCCCACUUUCAUUACUAGAAAUUUAAACGAUGCGCCUAGACUAAAUUACAGAUUAUUUACAUGAAACAUUCUGAAACGCAAUUAAAUGUUAUGAAAUAAGCAGUAUAGUUCUUUAUAAUAAAAUAUGGUGGCUCUGAAAAGAACUUUUUAUGAAAGCGUUCGCGAUGAAG